AUGAACCGGUUUGUCAUUCUUCUCCUUGCCAUAGGAUAUUCCAGUGCAAAUUUUUGCACUGAUAGCACUGGUCAUUGGUUUGCGUCCCUCGCCGAAGGUGUCACAGAUUACGCUUACGGAGGAUCAAGACUCAACAACAAGUAUUACUGCUUUGAAGGAUGUUUGAAUACUGGAACUGCUCUUCAGAACUACAAGAUUGAUUUAGCCGGAACCAACGCCACAAUGCUUGAGAGAUCUCGUCCACUCAAGGAGAUUGUGUAUCUUCAUGCUCAACCAAAAAUCAGAGAUGAUGACGAUCCAAAUGCUGAAUUCUGUGUUGAUCCAGUUUUGAGACAAGACAUCGCCAACGCUCUCCAGAAGACUACUCAGAACAGCUGCAAGAACAUUGUGAACACUCUUGUUCUCAACUUGAACCGUCCAGGAUGGGCUAUCACCUGCAUUCAAUUCGACGAGUUCGCUUUGGAUGGAGUUAUUUCUGACAAGAACUUCUGCAGUUAUGACGCUGUUCAGAACAACGAGAUUUACACUAUCCGUCUCGGCAAGCUCGAUAUGUCCUAA